AAAUUACUCUGCUACAUUCAAGAAGAAAUUCAUGAAAAAUUACAUGUCUGCCUAUAACACUAGAGCAUUCUGAAAGAGAAGUCUAAUUUAAUUUGUCUGGACCCACAUGGCUCCAGAAGCCCCUGCCAGAAGCAGAGGCACUGCAGGAGACUCAGGAGGAGUUCCGCAGGAGACCAUCAGUUGCACACCGUGUGAUUCAACUACAGAGACAGCCUGCUCCUUACCACCAGACCAGGAGGAUGCAUGUGAGUGCAAAUCCACUGCCUUACCAACUAAUGCCUGUGCCGAAGCUCCUCAGAGAGCACAGGUGGAAACCAUUCAGUCUGGCAGCCUCCCUAAGAAAGCUCCCAGGGGGAAGAAAACCAUCCCGGCAGCCGCCAUGAGCAAGGAGGGUGGGGCAGCACAAAAACGCCGAGCUGCUGCUGCUGCUGCUAAGACUGCCUUACUCAGUGGGCAGGGAGACAAGGCACCUCUCCCUGAAGAGAUUGUCCUCCAGUACCCACUUGACCAGCUUACUUGUCCUGUGUGCGAAGAGCCAAAGAAGCAAUAUGCAAAGCACAGCACCCUUGUCACCCAUAUCACCCGGUACCAUGCACCGGUUUGUUAUCUGUGCGAACAGUGCUCUUCAAAAUUUAAGAACCUUCUUGCUCUCAAGAAGCACAAGACAUCAGGUUGCACGACUAGCCCACCCAGCGAUUUACCUCCAUCCCAAGCCCAUCCCAAGCCACAUCUAUGGUCCAACAGCCUGCUGACCCUGAUAAAACACCAUCAGUACCACCUGCUAGCACUGUUUGCAUGA